UCGUAUAAUUCCCUCCUCGUCCCUUUUACGCAUUCUGUCCCCGCUCCUCUCUCUCUUCUUCUAUUAGCAUCUCAAACUCAAAUUUCCAAAUCAAAAAAAAAAAAAAGGAAAAACAAAGAUGGAGAAGCAAAAUCCACUCCAAAAUGGAAACAUUGUUGAUGUUAGUUUAUUAGCCAUCAAAAAUGGUGAUCAAGGUGGUGAUGGAUCGGCUCUGAUCUUGCUGGGAACCGGCUGCUCCGGUGCCGUCCCCAACGCAAUGUGCUUGAUCCAGCCCACCGAUCCUCCCUGCCACGUCUGCCCCCAAUCCCUCUCCAUCCCUCCCGAUCGUAAUCCUAAUUACAGGUGUAAUACUUCUUUGCUUAUAGAUUACUGUUCGAGCGAUGGUUUACACAAUUAUACUAUAAUUGAUGUUGGCAAGACAUUUAGGGAACAAGUUCUUCGGUGGUUUACUUUCCAUAAGAUUCCUCGAAUCGAUUCCAUUAUUUUGACUCAUGAACAUGCUGAUGCAGUUCUUGGUUUGGAUGAUAUACGUGCCGUGCAACCACGUAGUCCUACUAACGAUAUUGAUCCCACUGCCGUUUACCUAGCUCAAUAUGCGAUGGAUAGCAUUGUCACAAAAUUUCCAUAUUUGGUUCGGAAGAAACUUAGAGAAGGCCAAGAAGUAAGGCGUGUGGCACAGCUUGACUGGAAGAUAAUUGAGGAGCACUAUGACAAACCAUUUGUUGCAUCAGGACUAAAAUUCGUUCCGUUGCCAGUGAUGCAUGGAGAAGAUUAUAUCUGUUUAGGUUAUCUUUUUGGCGAAAAGUGUAAAGUGGCAUAUAUAUCAGAUGUCUCACAUUUUCCCCUCACAUUUCCUUCAAAUACGGAGUAUGUUAUUUCCAAAAAUGGUGCUGGACAAUUGGAUCUUCUGAUAUUGGAUUGUUUAUACAAGCAAGGAUCUCAUAAUGUUCACUUAUGCUUACCUCAGACUCUUGAGGCUUUAAAGAGGAUAUGUCCAAAACAAGCUCUAUUAAUCGGAAUGACUCAUGAAUUCGAUCACCACAAGGACAAUGAGUUUCUUAUGGAAUGGUCUGAGAGGGAAGGAAUCCAUGUGCAACUUGCACGUGACGGUCUGAGGGUCCCCAUAGACCUAUAAUGAGGUUUACGCAUGGACCGCAAAAACAUUCAUAUUAUUCCAUCCCAUUCGAUGGGAGAAGAGCAAUUAUAUUCUGUGCAAAGUAUAAUUAUUUAUAGCUUCAGUAGCUCGGUUUUAGAGUUUAUCAUAUAGUAAACAAUGUCAUUAACAUUUUCACAAUGAGAAAAGUGCAAGCAGAAAGAAUUCCUGAUGUUCUUGCUUGAUUACACGAAAUUUUUUUCUCUUUCUGCUUUAUAGCAGUUCUUUCUUCAAAUGCUUUUAGUGAAUCAUUGAAUAACUAUAACUUUUACUUUGCCUUUUUAAUUGAGUUUGUUUUUAAUAUAUUGAUAGUGUAAUUUUUAAUUUCACAAGUA